AUGGCUUAUCAGCUGUACAGGAACACCACACUGGGCAACAGUCUGCAGGAGAGCCUGGACGAGCUGAUACAGUCUCAGCAGAUUAACCCUCAGCUGGCACUACAAGUUCUGCUUCAGUUUGACAAGGCAAUAAAUUCAGCACUGGCACAGCGAGUCCGAAACAGAGUCAACUUUAGGGGAUCAUUAAAUACAUAUCGGUUUUGUGAUAACGUCUGGACCUUUGUUCUAAAUGAUGUCGAGUUCAGAGAAGUGACUGACCUGGUGAAGGUGGAUAAAGUAAAAAUUGUAGCCUGUGAUGGGAAAAACACUGGUUCAAACACUGUGGAGUAA